AUGGUGAGCAUCUGGACAAUCGUGCUUUUCCUGCUGGGAGCAGCCAAAGGAAAGGAAGUUUGCUAUGAUCCCAUCAGGUGCUUCUCUGACUCUCAGCCCUGGGCCAGCACCACAAUCAGGCCACUGAACCUUCUCCCCUGGAGUCCCGAGAAGAUAGGCACCCGCUUUGGGCUCUACACCAACGAGAACGCAAACAACUUUCAGAUUCUCCUUCCCUCUGGUCCAUCAACUACUGAGGCAUCCAAUUUUCAAACAGACAGGAAGACCCGGUUCAUCACCCACGGCUUUGUAGACAAGGGAGGUGAGAGCUGGCUGGUGAACAUGUGCAAGAACAUGUUCAAGGUGGAGGAGGUGAACUGCAUCUCUGUGGACUGGAGGAAAGGCUCCCAGACCACCAACAUGCACGUGCGGGUGGUGGGCGCCCAGCUGGCCUGGAUGCUGGCCACGCUCCAGUCGAACUACACCUACUCACCUACCCAAGUCCACCUCAUCGGCCACAGCCUGGGGGCCCGCAUGUUAGGAGAAGCAGGGAGCAGGACUCCAAGCCUGGGCAGGAUUACGGAUCCCCGUUUUCUGGUGAUGUGGGUGUCUCAGCAGGACUGGGCACCCAGGAAGAUGCAGAGCUGGAGAUACGGAGUUUCUGUAACACUCUCUGGAAGAACAGCCACUGGUCAAAUCAAAGUGGCUUUGUUUGGAAAUAGGGGAAAUACUCAACAAUACGAUGUCUUCAGGGGGAUUAUCAAACCGGGCUCCACCCAUUUCAGCGAGUUUGACGCAGAUCUCCAUGUUGGAACCAUUGAGAAAGUCAAGUUUCUUUGGAAUAACAACGCGGUAAACCCAACCCUCCCUAAAGUGGGUGCAGCCAAGAUCACCAUGCAAAAGGGAGAGGAUAAGACGGAGUGCAGUUUCUGAAGUGAAGACACCAUGAAAGAAGAUGUCCUGCUCACUCUCACGCCCUGUGAAACUCCAGUUUCCUUGGUCCUCGUGCCCACUGUCUUCUCACCGGAGGCGCUGGCGAUGAACGAGCGGCAGAACUAG